AUGAGAAAGACUCACUACUGUUGCUACAUAGAAUGGACUCCAUCGGAUUUCAAACGGCCAACAGCAGCCCCAUACUCAGGAUGGGAUGUCCACUCGACGAAGCCAAUCCCCUACCGGCCGUUUAGAUAUGGCCCAAAGUACUACAUCACGUUGGGUCUAAGGAGCAUGAAAUGGGACGAAUGGAUCGAGCUCGACAAUCACUAUCUGAAAUACCACGCCGACAAAGCACGCCGCAUCGAAGAGCGCGGGAGCAAAUGCUGUCAUACAGCUCCAGAGGCAAUGGAUGCUGCAAUCGAACUACUGGAAGAACUAUGCACCUACCUCCCCGAAAGAUACCCAAGCAUGUUCACCAAGACCGCAACGGGAAUAACCAACAAAGUAACCAACGAAACCUUCAACAUGACCCAACGCCCACUCCCGGAAGACCCAAUGGCGACAGCGGCGCGACUCGUCCAAGACGACCUAGCCCUAAUGGUCGAGCGACCCGACGGCGAAUACUACCUACUAGCAGGGGCGAUCCUCCUAGCUGGGUUCUGGCGACUGAGCGACAAAUUCGGGAUGCGACUAUCUGAAAUCCACACAGCAGGCGACGUACCGCAGUUCAAAAGCAAGCUGGAGAAAGGGAUGAUGAAUUUCUUCCGACGAUUACGGCCCGAAGAGCCGGUUCUGCGGAAUAACUAUUUCAUCCAGGUGGACGAUAACCUGGCAUGGUCGCAUAGUAUUGGGUCCGAGGAUGCGGAGACGGUGUCAUGGAACACGGCGGAGAAGAACCGCGCUAUUGAGAAUCAUUUCUUCCGCUCAGAGAGGCAGUCGCUGAGGAGAUUGCCUAGAUCUGGGGCGGUGGUUUUCACCAUUCGGACUUAUUUUGAGCCUAUUACAGCCAUUGUCGGGGAACCUUAUGUGCCUGGGCGUUUGGCGGAUGCGAUCAGGAGUUGGGGUGAUGAUGUUGGUCGGUAUAAGGGGAAGGAGAAGUAUCAGGAUGUUUUGUUGGAGUUUUUGGAUGAGAAGCAUAGAGUGCAGGUUGAGGGAGGUUUGGAUGUUGACAAGGAGGAUGAGGUUAGGAGUUAUCCUCUUUGA